AUGUCUGGUCUCAAGGUCGGCGAGCAGUUCCCCGAGGGCGUUGCCUUCCAGUACAUCCCCCACCAGGAGGAGACUGCCGACUUCAAGGUCUGCGGUAUCCCCAUCAAGUACGACACCGCCAAGGAGUUCAAGGACAAGAAGGUCGUCAUCGUCUCCAUCCCCGGUGCCUUCACUCCCACCUGCUCCGCCUCCCACCUGCCCGGCUACAUUGAGCACAAGGACGAGCUCAAGGCCAAGGGCGUCGACCAGGUCAUCUUCCUCGCCUACAACGACCCCUUUGUCAUGUCCGGCUGGGGCAAGGCCAACAACAUCAAGGACGACUUCAUUGUCUUCGCCUCCGACGCCAACGCCGCCUUCUCCACCUCCAUCGGCUGGAACCACGGCGAGCGCACCGCCCGCUACGCCAUCGUCAUCGACCACGGCAAGGUCGUCUACGCCGAGAAGGAGACUGAGCUCCAGGGUCUCGAGGUCUCUGGCGCCGAGCCCGUUCUCAAGGCUCUGUAA